AUGACGUUCUUCGCUGAUCUCGCUGCAGCUGAUACCAUAGUGAAGGUCCCUCAGAUGGCAGAAUCGAUCACCGAGGGUACAUUGAAGCAAUUUUCGAAGCAGGUGGGCGAUUACGUUGAGCGGGACGAAGAAAUCGCUACAAUUGAGACAGACAAGAUCGACGUGUCGGUCAAUGCUCCUGAGUCGGGGACUAUUAAGGAGCUCCUCGUGAACGAAGAAGACACUGUGACGGUUGGCCAGGAUUUGGUCAAACUCGAAUUAGGUGGCGCUCCUGGGCCAAAAGAGGAGACAGCUACUGAAAAGCCGAAGGAGCCCGCAGAUGUCGAGAAGCAGCCUCCUGCAGAGUCCAACAAGCCACAGCCAUCAGAGACCCCCAAAGCUCCAUCGCCUCCGCCUGAACAGCCUCCUACUUCCAAGCCUCAGCCUCCUGCUCCUAAGUCAGAGACUACUUCUGACGUUAAACCGAGCUUCGAAGGUCGUGAGGAACGUAGGGUGAAAAUGAAUAGAAUGAGGCUGAGAAUAGCCGAGCGCCUGAAGCAGUCCCAGAAUACCGCUGCCUCGCUCACUACCUUCAACGAGGUUGACAUGUCAUCCCUCAUGGAAUUUCGGAAACUCUACAAAGACGAUGUACUGAAGAAAACGGGUGUCAAGCUUGGCUUCAUGAGCGCUUUUUCUCGUGCCUGUGUCCUAGCUAUGAAAGAUGUGCCCGCCGUUAACGCAUCGAUCGAAGGCCCCAGUGGUGGUGAUACCAUUGUUUACCGCGACUACGUUGACAUCAGCGUGGCCGUUGCUACUGAGAAGGGCCUUGUGACACCCGUCGUCCGUAACGCUGAAGGCAUGGAUCUCGUCGGAAUUGAAAAGGCCAUAGCAGACCUUGGCAAGAAGGCACGGGACAACAAGUUGACAAUCGAGGAUAUGGCUGGUGGCACUUUCACCAUUAGCAACGGUGGUGUUUUCGGCUCUUUGAUGGGCACUCCGAUCAUCAACUUGCCCCAGACUGCUGUUCUUGGACUCCACGCAAUCAAGGACCGGCCAGCAGUCGUGAACGGUAAAGUGGAAAUUCGUCCAAUGAUGUACCUUGCCCUGACCUAUGAUCAUCGACUUUUGGAUGGGCGGGAGGCGGUCACUUUCCUUAUCAAGGUCAAGGAAUACAUUGAAGAUCCUCGUCGGAUGUUGCUCGGCUAG